UGGUUUGCAACUUCCAAUAAUCGAUAUUAAAAGAACUAUUAGGGCUGCAUCAACUGUCGUCACGAAUCCUUCGUCGCAGCUGUCAAGCUUUAAACACGUUGAGCGAAGUUUGAGAAGAGACUUUUCCAAAUUAUGAAUGCGUUCGCCCACUUGGAUCUCUUUGAUGGCAUACCAGCCAAAUGCCCCGUGAAGGGCUGCUACCUGAAGAUGACGCCCCAGGAGCUGAUGGCGCAUGUGCUGAUGCGUCAUCGGCCCGAGGACUCGAUGCUGGAGAUUGGCUCCGACUGGCACACGGUGUACGACCUGGACCUGGCCAAGCUGGCGCCCGGCUGCAAUCACGUGGUGGGCGUCAUUGCGUAUGCCGGCUCCAACAGAGUGACCUGCAGCCGUCCCAUCGGACCGGAGCUGCAGCUCGUGAAUCAUCUGCCCAUAUUGCUAAUGAUGUACAUCAGCCCGCCGGCGCCCAAUCUGGAGCAGAUGUACGUGCUCUAUAUGAUAAGUCCGGUGGCCUCGCGCCGGGUGAGCGCCCAUGUCAGCCUGCUGAACGGGCCGGCGGGCCGCGAGGUGCGGGGCGUGCGCUGCCUGCGCAACUUCUUGGAUCCCCCGCUGCUGGACAGCGAGGAGCUGCUCCACAGCAACAUGGACUACCUGAUCUACACGGCAACGGACGUCUGGGAGCACUGCACCGCCGGCGACCGCUGCAAGCUCCAGUUCAAGGUGGUGCUGCAGGGUGAGCCGAAUCUGUUCGAAGCGCAGGAGAAUCGUCAAAGCGACGUCCAAUGACUCAACACCGUCGGAUGCUAAACAGCUGGCCCACAGACUAGCCCCUC